AUGGACCAGACAAUCCACAUCUAUUGUGUAGACGCAGACUCCGCCAAGAGCUCUCAUAUACCCAUCUACUCGCCUUCGCCCAAAUCCACCAAAAUGCAACUUGAGGAUCACAUUUGGCAGCAAAACAAUGAAAUGGCCAUCGCCACCCAAUCCGUCCAGCAAACCCAGUAA